CCUAAAAAUCUCUCCGUCUCUGUUCUCAUUUCUCAGCAAGUCCAUCCGACAUUCCGACUACACUCCCGUCGAGCGGUGACUUCACGCUGAACCAAAAGCUCUUUCCCUCCCUCCAAAACCCAUGACCACCAACCCCACCUCUUUACUCCUCUUCUCCUCACCUCUUCUCUCCCCAAAGUUGCUCUCUUCAACCAUAUCACUACCCCCACCCUCCCAAUCCCCUCUAUAUGCCUUCUCUUUACCCUUCAAAUCCCAUUCCAUUUUAAACCCCCCCGUGGUGGCCUCGCCAUCUACUAGAAAAAACCCAUUUUUGGUACGCUCCGACGACGGCGACGGCGACGCGUCUGGCCCCGAUGACUAUGAGAUGAUGGAUCCGGACGAAAUGGAGGAGGUGGACAACAAGAAGGACUUUGAAAUCGAGUACGACCCAUUAUCUGGCGCUCUGGCGCCCUCCGCUUCUGGUGGCGACGAGGACAUUGAGAUGGUGCAGAGCAAGAGCUUCGUGUCAACGCAAGGAUGGGAUUCGGAGAUGGUCGUGGAUUACAGAAUUAACGAAGAAGAGUUUCACAAGAUAAGCUUAUUUGACUGCGACUUCUUUAUAAGGAAACCGCCAGACCCCGAUAACGAUGUCUAUGAUUUUAGGGAGAUGUAUGUUACUCCUCCGGAUACGGACGUUUAUUCUAUUCCUAAGGUUCUCGCUCCAAUGCCUCAGAAGUACAUUAGAUGCGCCAAAAGUGAUUAUGGAUGCUACAAUGUGACUGAGCCACCAAUUGAUGCACCACGAGAUCCACUUUAUAAAACUACAAGGGAAAUCCUGAAGGUUUUCUUGACUAAACACUACAAAAAUCGGAGGUUGGGUGAUCCCGAGUUUGUUCUGGAUUUUGAAGAAAUUUAUGUUAUUGAUUCAAAAACCAAGUCAAUCACCAGGGCAAAAGUUCUGGUGACAGCUCCAGGGGGGAGAAAUAGAGAUAGGAAGAGUGACUUGCUUGUUAUACGAGAUAAUGGGAACUCCUUCAAAAUAAUUCACGCGAGUGAAAGAGAUGAUCCAACAACUGUCAUAGAAAGGGAAGAGUGGGCCAAAACCAGGCGAGACAUGGAGAGACAUCUUAGCAAGCUUCGAGACUUCAGCGUUUCUAAUUGGUUUUGAUCAGCAAUCAACAUUAUGUCACAGUUGAAGACUGCUUCGUGGUUAUUAAUACCCGGUGUGAUGGAUGAGUGAUUUGCGAGAUCUACUGAGGCAGUUCCACCAAGGACGUACGAGCAAUGGAGAGAUCAAUCGCAGUCAUCACGAAGUAACAAGCUGUAUGCUCCUCCGUUUUGUUAUUUGGAUGGUCCUACAACGCCGUUUGCUUGCCGAUUUCAACAUCAUUCUGUUUCUAACGUUCUGGUCUAUCAUCGGAGAGGGUUCUGAGCCUCUGUAUGCUAUCAAUCUAAUCCACGAGAGUUCUGACUCUGGGCCUUUGAACCCCGAUUCCAUCAUUCUGUUAUUCUGUGACGCUUGUGGUAUAUGGCUCUUGGGUUGCAGUUGAUUUCUUCUCCUUCGAGCUUGCUAGUUUCAUUGAGUUUGAUUUGCCUGACAAGGCCUGUAUGGGAUUGGUUUUGGUUUAUCCAAAAAAAAAAACUAGCUAUAAUAAAAUAUUUAUUUGAUCCGCAAA